GGAAAGCCACUAGUGUGCUAAAUGGUCAUCUACAGAAAUUAAAUUAAAAACUUUGAUAACAUUCGAUAUACCGAAUAAAAAGGGGGAAACGUUAAUUAUUUCCGCUGAAGAACUUUGAAUUAAAAAUUGCUAUCUGAACGAUAACUUUGGGGUGAAUAACGUUACAUCUUUAUACGUUUAACGUAUAGCUCUGUUACAUAUAUCCAGGAUACGAUAGAAAAAGAAAUGGAAGGUGAGUGGGAUGAAGGUCGGCAAGAGGAUCAGAUGAACAGGCAGGAAGAGGUGGAGCUGUCAAUUAAUUAUGACAGAAGCGUUGAUCAUGACAGGACUGGUAGACCAAGUUGGAUAGACAAUUCUGAAAUAAACAGCAAGUGGAUACCACAGCACACCCUCCAGCUGGAGAUGAACAACAUUGGGGCAGAAGGAAGUGUCAGAGAGAAUGAUGAGGAAGAGGAAGAAAUUGUGGUGCUAGAUCCGGAGCAUCCUCUAAUGAAGAGAUUCCAGACUGCAUUAAAAACCAAUUUCACUAAUCAGCUGGAAAGACUGAACCUUGAUCUUUGUGAGAAGGUAGUAGUUGAGAAGGCAGAGGCACAGCGGCGCCAUGACCUUGCUGAAGAGGUAUACAUGGUCCAAGAGAUGUUGGCCAGACUCCAGGCCUCGCUGGAGGUAUGCCAAGAGACCAAUGGCGAAGCUGCAGCUCAGCAUAGACAGGCCAAGGACCACCUGUAUGUGGUAAAAAAUCAGUACCAAAAUACUGCCAGUCAAACAAAUGUACAACGUUUGCAAGUCUUGGAGUUGCAGUCUAAAGUGGAUAGUUUGGCCCUGAAGUUGCUCUAUAUGCAGGAAGCCAACAGCGAUCUGUGCUCAGACAUCAAAGCAAUAAUAAAUGCCUCAAACAAAGCCCAGAAAGACAGAACUCAGACAGAGGAACAUAAACACCAACAGGAUAUUUAUGUUGAGCGUUUGACCAAUCGUGCGGAAAAGCUGUUGGAGCAGAUCUCUCUGUAUGAUUUUCAACUAAUUUCUCAGACUGAGCAGACAAGGGUUGCAAAGGACUCUCUUUCUGAGGCACAGCUGGAACUGGACUCGGUGAUUGUUGAGCAUAGACAGUUACUUCAGCAAUGGAAAAGCAGCCUCUUAAUGAUGAAGAGGAGGGAUGAGGCUUACACAGCCAUGCAAGAGGAACUAAGACAAGCCAAUGAUCAGAUGCUCUCCCUGGACACAGAGAUUGAGAGCUAUAAAAAGUCCAUCACACAAGAAGAAGAGCAGAAUGAAUGCCUCACUUUGCGCCUGAACCGAGGCCAGACUGAUUGCACCACUUCACGUAAACUCAUCACACACUUGCAGAACCUGCAGGAAGUCCUGCAGGCCCAGUUCAGCACAUAUACACGAAUAUUGCAGGAGACGGAGAAGACCCUUAGCACAUUGCAUGGGAACCUUGAGAUGCAUCAGUCUGCGCUUAAGGCUCUUAGGAAGCAAAUGGAGAAAGUGUCUGCAGUGCGUUUGGACCUAGAAAGCCAGAUCAUGAACAAACUGCAGGAGCAGCUUACUCACAAUAAUGCAGCAAAAUACUCACGUAGAUUGAAUGAUAAAACUGCAGUUCACAGGAGAGAGAAGGAGGCUCAGUUAAUUAAGUUGGAGAAUGACUUCAACACUGUUACGCUGGAGGGACAGGAGUUGACCACACAUCUGGAUUCUCUGUUAGCAUUUCAAGCUGAACUUGAGCAAAAAUCGACCCAGCGACACUUGUUACUCUCUUCCCGCGAGGAAGAGAUUGUAAAACAAAUCACAGAUAUUGAGCGAAAGCAGGCCACAAUCAGCAUAUACAACAAGAAGAUCAAGGAUAUUGUGUCCAGUACUGGGCAUGAAGACCUGGGUCCUAUGGAGAUCCAUGCAGCCACACUGUCUAAGGAGCUGGAGGAAGUUGGUGCUGAGAUUAAAGAGCGUCAGCAGUUGUGGCUCUGGCAGCAGGGGGAGCUAGUGAGAUUUACUCAGGAAAAACAGGCCCACAGUUCUUCUGUACAGAUCCUACAAACACAGCUCACAAUAUUGCAACAGGGCAAGAUCAGGAGAGAGAGUGAGAUGGAGCAGGAUCAGAGUGAGCUGGCAGAUCUGGAUAAACAAAUUAAAGUUCUCAUGGCAGACAUGGUGAAACUGAACUCUCUACUCAAUAAGAACAGUGAUCUGAAUCAUGCCUUGCAGCAGAGCAGCAACCUUAUGGAGACAGAGUUCAGCCAGAGACUCAAGGAGGCUGAGAGGGAUUCAGCUGAAACUCAACUGAAGUUGGAGAGAUUAAACGAAGAGAAAGAGAGACUUAUCAACAGCUUGGUGGAGGCAGAGCGUCAAGUCAUGUUGUGGGGGAAGAGAACGCAACUGAUGCAGGAAACUUGCUCUGCCAUAGAUUCAGAUAUUGGACAGGGAGACAUACGAACAAUGCGAGCAGAGAUUCACCGUAUGGAGGUUCGUUAUGCCCAACUCAUGAAGCAACAGGAGAGGUUGUUGAGAGACAUGGAGUCAAUGGUGGCUAAAAGUGAGACUAUAGCAGUUUGGAGUGAGGCUCAGGCACGCACACAAGCACAUAAGCAACCCACACACAGUGACUACCACAACACUAUCCAGAGCCUUCGCCGAAAAAUUCUCCAAACAAAGAAGCAAGCUGAAGAGUGUGAUGGUGUUAUAGCUCAACUGGAGGAGAGGCAGGGCUCUAUGACAUCCAGACUUCAAGACAAACAUAUGCAUCUCAAUAACAUACAGAAUACCGGAUCAUUUCUCACCCAGGAUCUUCGCAGACUACAAGAAACUAAAGAGAGAAAUUUGUAUCGUCUGCCCAUGCUGCAGACUCGGGCAAAACACCUGCAUGCUGUUAAGGAUGGACGGUACACACCAAUGGCAACUGGAGUCACAGCAUUGGAGCUGGGUACACAGAAACAAGAAGAGCGAUUGAAAAUGAUCAGCCUCACCCUCCAGCGUUUGGCUCAAGAAUACCCUCAGCACCACAGCACACUCCACAGGAUGAACGUCAUUCUGGCAGAACACCCCCACGGUGAAUGUCAAAACACCCAGUGAGCCCAGAAAUACAUAAUACCUAAAAUAAAACACAUAAAUGGACAUACAACAUUUGACAAUGGUGGUGGCGUACAUCUUUUGCACAGUACUGUGUAUAUUUAUGCUCAUUGCUUUAGACUAGUGUAAUGUAAU